AUGGGACGCAACCUUGAGAAACGUCAACAUCUCUUUAAUGGUUACCCUAGAGGCUGGUUUGUCCUUGCCUUCUCAGAGGAAUUAGAUGUUGGAGAUAUUAAAAAAAUUACCUGCUUUGGGCAAACGCUUGUUCUUUAUCGAGGCGAAGACAGGAUUGUCCGAGCAAUGGAUGCUUAUUGUCCUCACCUUGGUGGUGGUUUAGUUAAAGGAAAAGUUAUCGGUAAUAGUAUCGAAUGCCCUUUUCAUGCUUGGCGGUUUGGACCAGAUGGCAAAUGCAACCAUAUUCCUUACGCCAGUAGUAUUCCACCAAAAGCAGUCAUCAAUACCUGGUUAAUUCAAGAAGUCAAUCAUAUUAUUUAUUUGUGGCAUGACCCAGCUGGGGGUGAACCAGAUUUCGAGAUCCCUUUGUUACCAGAGAGUGAAGAUGAACAUUGGACAACCUGGGAAUAUGCACAACUAGAAAUUGAAACACACCCCCAUGAACUUGUUGAAAAUGUUGUUGAUAUUGGACAUUUUUCACCGGUACAUCGUACACAAGUUGAAAAAUUUGAAAAUGAAUUUAAGGGUCAUAUGGCAAUUCAACGUAACGAAGGUGUUGCCUACCCUCUUGGUGGAGGCAUUGACAACUAUAGUAUUGAGGCUACUUACUAUGGUCCAGGAUUUCAGAUUUCUAAAUGGAAUGGUUUUAUGGAAGCACGGCUUAUUAAUGCUAAUACGAUGAUUGACACCAAUAAAAUGAUACUUCGCUUUGGGGUCAUGCUAAAAAAAGGUAAUGAUUUACGACAAACUGUAGCCUUUCAAAAAGGCUAUAUCGAAAACUUAAGUAAGGGCUUUCAGGAAGAUGUUGAUAUUUGGUUAGAAAAAAAGUUUGUUGAAAAGCCAAUCCUAUGUGACGGCGAUGGCCCACUGAUGAGAUUACGCAAAUGGUAUUCGCAAUUUUUUGUUCCGCGAGAGGAGACAAAACAGUUACCAUUUGAUGGUAAAGUUUUAGAAACUGAUGUUCUUCAGCCUGCUGGAUAA